CUGCGAUAUGGUAUAGUUUACGUAUUAGGCAUUAGUAUUGAUUUCAUAAAAGUGUUGUUUCGUCAGUGAAUGGGACGGGACGGGUAGACGGUUAGAGCGUCGCGGCAACGACGCCGCUCCGUCGUUAUUUUGCAACGCGUCGCGUAGCGUCGAGCAUUCGUGUUGGCAUUACUGCUGGAAACCGGAGAGCCAGUGUAGUGCGAUCGUCGCUAGCAGGAGGCCGGUGCUGGUGGAUUUAUCGGCUAUUUUCAUGUUUGUUGUGACGUCCAAGGUGCACGCAUAUUAUGUUCUUGUAUUAAAUUGAUGAAUGAAUCAUAUUUUAGAGGACUCGGUGGGAUGGAUGUCGGCGCCGUCGUGGUCUUGGGGAAUGGAUAAUGAACAACCCCACCAGGAAUUAGUAAAGUGUGUCGUGGUUGGUGACACAGCCGUCGGCAAAACUCGACUGAUCUGCGCUCGAGCAUGCAACAAACAGGUCUCCCUGUCCCAGCUGCUGGCCACCCACGUGCCGACGGUAUGGGCCAUAGAUCAGUACAGGAUUUACAAGGACGUCUUGGAACGGUCCUGGGAGGUGGUCGACAGCGUCAACGUCAGCCUCAGAUUGUGGGAUACGUUCGGGGAUCACGAAAAAGACAGAAGGUUCGCUUAUGGUCGAUCAGACGUCGUGCUGUUGUGCUUCAGCAUCAACAGUCCCGUGUCUCUACGCAACUGCCGUUUAAUGUGGUAUCCAGAAAUCCGCCGUUUCUGUCCGAAUACUCCAGUGAUAUUGGUUGGAUGCAAGAACGAUCUGCGUUACAUGUACCGAGACGAGGCUUAUUUGAGCUACUUCCGGGACCGCAGCCCGUUCGUCCGGGCGACCAGGAAGAGCGACUUGGUCAUGCCGGACGAGGCUCGAGACGUCGCCAGGGAGCUCGGGCUCUACUACUACGAAACGUCGGUACUUACGUAUUACGGAGUUAACGAAGUGUUCGAGAACGCCAUCAGAGCGGCGCUCAUCGCCAGAAGAUCGCAACGGUUUUGGAUGACGAAUUUGAAGAGAGUCCAACGACCACUAUUGCAAGCACCGUUUAAACCACCUCCUCCUUUGAAAUCGGACGUUCAUAUUACAGUCGGAUCCUACAUGGAAAACAUGAAGUACCUCUGUUUGAGCCGAGCUCACACGGACAUCGUUUUGAUCGUAGGAUCCAUGGGAUUUGCAGCACAUCGUUUUAUUUUAGCAGCAUGCAGUAGAGCCUUUUACAGACUUCUCACCGUCGAUCUAAUAGCACGGAGCACGAGCGACUCCAGCAUGGUGAGUUCCUUGGGUGACUUCGCCGAAGAAACGGAGUGCCUGGUGAAGGCCGAGCAAAUGACGUGCAAAAGGCGAGCGAGCUGCCAGGCCUUGCCCACUGCCAGAGAGCUGGAUCAUCCGGCGUUUCAUUGCAUCAGAAACGUCCAAUCCGAAGGACAAACGGUGGUGACUUUGAGUAACAUAGUCACGCCGCGUGCUAUGCAACAGUGUUUGCAGUUCGCCUACACCGGUACAGUCGAUCGAAGUGCUUUAAAUUUACAGGAAACUCAAGAAGCGGCUGAAGUAUUAGAACUGCCUCACUUGAUAGUAUUGCUUACAAAACAUCCUCUCGUAGAUCCGAAUCCCCCUGACGCUAUAUACGAGGGUUUUAUUAAAAGGAGAAUGCAAGAUGUGUGCUUGGAACAGAGCCUUUUUACUGAUGUUAUAUUCGAAUUGGACGAUGGAGUUUGCACUGCCCACAAAGCAAUGUUGGCAGCGCGGUGCGAUGUUAUGAAGGCGAUGUUUCGAGGAGACUUCAGGGAAAGUCAGGCUAAAGUGAUCGAAUUUCCCGGCGUAAGAGAGUACACGUUCCUGAAGCUGUUGUGCUUUCUCUACACCGACGAUGUACCGGAGGUAUCCGCUGCUCAGUGCGUUAAUCUAUUGGAACUGGCGAACAGGUUUUGCCUACCAAGAUUGGUCAAUUUAAUCGAAAAGAGAGUAAUAGAAGACUUGGAAACUUUACAAUCGUCCGAAUCUAUUGAACAAUGUUUGAAGCUUUUAGAACCAGUUAAGUUGCACAACGGUCAUCAACUGGCUGACUGGUGCAUGAAUCACUUGUGUAUCAAUUAUAACAAGCUCUGCAGGAUGUCGCCCCGUAGAUUGAAACUUUUGCAUCCAGAGAACCAGGCAUAUCUCGAGGAACACCGUUGGCCGCCCGUGUGGUACCUCAAAGAUUUCGAUUACUAUCAGAAAUGUCUGAUGGAGCGCGACAAAGAACCCAAACCGACGAGCACCACGAGCCCUGGCUGUUUAUGUUUCUCUCGCAAAUCGGAGUCCGAUCCUGCAUUAUGCUCAAACCAACUUUAAAACUCGACUAUAAAUUAUUUAUUUACUAUAAAACAAAGACUUUUUUUGGUAAACAUAAGAAUACGUAGAUGUAGCGAACCGAUUUGUAUUACAAUAAUAAGUGGUAACAACACGAAGUAUUUAUAAAUUAGUCAUUUUAUUUUGAACACGUUUUGACAUUAUACCUCACACCUUUUAUUAAUUGAAUAUACCUAUACUCUAUUUAAAAGCUACGAGGAGCGAUUUGAAUUUGAAGUUGGCAACACACGCGUUUGUUUAUUUCACGCUCAAGUUCACGCUGUAAAACUUUGUUAUUCUUGUUUACCACAAUUACCACCUUUUUCAGGUUUUGUUUUAGAAAUGCGAAGUGUUUAAUAUGUUGUAUUUAGGUGAUUUGGGUGUAUCUCAGGCUUCUCAAAGUCAAAAUGCUCCUAGUUUUUAAAUAGAGUACAUUGUUCUCCAUUUUGUGUUGAAUUUUUACCCGAAUAACUGACGAUAGCGUUUGAUUUUAUUCAAUUAUUUAAAAGCAAAUAAAUAGAGAACUCCACAGCAAAUUGAAAGACGC